AUGGCUCAGACCAGAUUCGCUCUGCUGUUCGCAGCCCUUCUCCUGGGUUAGUUGUUGUGUAUUGAAACGAAAACAUUAUCAUUUUCUCAGCUUCUGGCACUUCGGCCCAGAACCAGGACCGAGAAUGCGCCUGCGACCUGGCCAACCUGUGGCUUGACGUCGUCGUCGUCGUGGACAACUCUCAGGGUAUGACCGCCCAGGGAGUCGUCCAAGUCGACUCCGAUAUCGUCACCCUUUUCGGCCAGUCCACAGUCGGUUCCGGCUACCAAGAUCCCAGAAGCACCCGUGUCGGUCUCGUCACCUACGCCAGCACCGCCACGCAGGUUCGUUAAUUCUUCUUUUCAUAAAAAAUAAAAUAUAAGAGACCAAAACGUCGACUUGUACACCUUUCUAGAAGGUACUAAGACAAUAUAUUUAUCGCAGAGAUUUCCAAAAUUCAGAGAGAAUCAAAAACAAAACUCGAUGAGAAUAGCAGCAAAGUGAAAAGUGUACAGAGCAAACGAAUAAAAAAAAACACUGUUGAGAAGUUUUUUUUUCAAAAGCAUAGUUUCUUUGAAAGUCAGAAUAAGCUUUUGUUUCUUUUUCUUUGACAUUUUGCUUUCGAAUGAAGAAAUUUUGCAAGUCGUGAAAAAAGCUCUUUAAAAUUAAAUUCCGUAGCUAUAAAAGUCACUUUCCAGCAAUUCGACUUGAACAGGUUCAACAGUACGGACGACUUCAUCCAAGGUAUCUUCCAGUACGCUAAAGUCUCCACCGACGAGAACUCUAUUAUCAAGAGGUGAGAUCAAGUUUCCUGGCUUUUCUCUCAACUCGAAACUUCAGCGGCCUUUCGUCGGCCUUCGAUUUGAUGACCAAGGCGAGAGCCAACAACGUCCGCAGGAACUACAAACAGGUCGUCAUUGUCUACGCUUCCGACUACAAGUUCGUUCGAACCGAAAAACCCGAAGAGCUCAGGAGAAAUUCAGAGAGGACGGUGAGAACAACCCGCUGCAGAUCGCCGACCAGAUCAAAGAAAGUGGCACGACCAUCAUCACCGUCGCCUUCAACCAGAACACCGGAGGUGCUCUCACCGCAGGCCUCGCCAAGAUCGCUUCCCCUGGCGCCGCGUUCAAGUCCACCGACAUGAACAUCGUCGGAGAGAUCCAGAACAUGCUUUGCCAAGGUUAGCAACACCCCCUCCCGAACCUAAUAAACUAUACUUGCAGUCAAUUGCUUCUGCCCCGACACCUGGGUUCAGUACACCAACGCCUUCAAUGAUCCGACUGCCUGGAAGUACGGAGUCUGCCUCAGAAUCGGUUCGCAAGCCAAUCAAAAAUUAAAUAAAUGACAGAAAAAUCAAGGCGAGAUCGAUUCGAUGUGGACCGCCGCCAAGUACGCUUGCCAGAACCUUUUCCAGGGCGCCUACCUCGCCACCGAAUUCGACAACAAGAAGCACGAUUUCAGCCGAUGUUUGUCAUUGAAUUUGACUUUUUUCAUCGCUGGCUUGCCACUAUUUUUCAAUUCUUCUUGAGAUCACUCAAGCUAACGGAGAAUAGAUUAUAGAAUUUAUUGAUGAAUAUUAAUUUAUAUUGUUUUUUUUUUCAGUGUUCUUCAGCAACGACACGACGAACUCGCCGCCCUACAUGUACCACAUCGGCCUGAGCUACGAUACUGCCACCCAAGCCUACACCUGGGAGCAGCCUGCGAACGUCGCCAGGCUCGGAGUAAGUCUAUAAAAUAUUCAGAGAGAGAUAGUAAAAAAAAUUAAAAAAGGCUAAAGAACGAAAAAUUAAGUUUAAAAUAACUCUUUUGAAGUGAAAUAUACAGAAAACUAGUCAAACGAAGGAAGUAUAGGGUUGCUCGCUCAAUUCGAAAGUUUCGUGGAAAUUGAAAAUUUGCAAAUAAAGUUUCUUUUAAUUUUGCAAAACAGAAAUUAACUCAACAGCUUCGUUUCAAAGUGAACUUCGAUUUAAAACAAAAAAAAAUUUUUUUAGCAACUUUUUAUACACGAUAUGUUUGUGUUUGCUUUAAAAUUUAUUUUUGCAUUCAAAAGAUUCAGAAGCGAAUUUCCAAUAAAGCUCCACUUUUAAAAUAGAAAUAAAGCUCAUUAUGGUUUCAAAGAAAAAAACUUUUUUUCGUAAAUAAUCUUUCAACAUCAGUUUGCAUUGUAAGAAAUAAGUUCAUUUUUAUUUUUCAGCUCUCCGGCCAAACCUACAAGGCGUGGAACUCGGGCUACCCUCAAUUGACCAGCUCCACUGGUUGCGUUCUUAACCAACAGUCGGGAUCUGAUUCAAUGGUCCGUUUCAAAAUACCCUUCCUUUUUCAAGAAGCAAUCAUUUUCAGGUCGGAUGGCAAAACGAAAACUGCUACUCAGUGGCGAAACGAUACGUGUGCGAAUUGAGUUCCUGUGAUACCAGCAAGUAUUGCGACAAUCGUGUCUGA